AUGGGCCGGUGGAAAGACCUCGACACAGACGCCGAGCGUCUCCCUGAGAACAUGACCCGCAUAGGCUACGACGCCGACACCCAAGUCUACACCUACCGCGACAACACCGACGGCACAAUCUGGGAGGGCGCACCCGGCGCUAUCUACGGAAAGCUUUUCCCGUCAAGCCUCCCACACCAUUACCCAGCGUCGAGAUCCCAGCAAUCGACGGUACAGAACCGGGAGGGGGAUGAGAAGGAAAAGCCUAAACGGGGAUACAGCACGAGGAAAAGAGUGGAUUCAGUGAUGGAUCGAAUUGGUAGUGUCAGGGAGAAGCCGGAUACCGGUAGGAGGCACAGUCGCAGGGAGAGUCGACGGGAAAGGGAACGGGGAGAUGCACAUGCCGGAUACGGAGACGAGAAGGGGUUGGAGAGGAAGAACACCACCAAGAAAGAGCGGGACGGGCACCGUUACUCGGAAAAAGAAACCCUCUCCCGCUCUAGCACCACUCGCACGAGUCGCACCUGCUCUACAAGUACACCUAGUUGGGAUCCCCGGCCAUCAACACCACCACAACAACAAGAGGGAGGCUCGAAGCUGAAACGAGCUGGAACUCUGUCUCGUCUCUCACGAUUCCUUACAGGCAAGCGCAAGGAAGACGAUCCAGAUUACGAUGUGACUCCGGGUACUGGAAGCGGAAGCGGAAGCGGCGGUUUCAAUGCGAACGGGUCUAGGGUGCAUCGUUCGGCGACGGUUAGUGCGCGGCCCCGACCACAGACUCAACCGCAACCGGACUGGACUCGGGCUCCCCAGCCGGGUACGGGGAGGAGGCAGAGAGCUACGACUUUUGAUGAUAUUUUGGCGGGGAUUCCGGGACAGCAUUGA